AUGCGUCUCUUUCUCGGCCUCGCUGUCCUAGCCGGCCUUGCCAUCCCCCGGCCCACCGAUGUCGAGAAGAAGAAGGUAAGCCCAGCUUCGCUUCUCCGAUCCGAAGAUGCUGCUGCGGCUGACAUGGCCAGGAGGGGGCCCCCGUCGACGUCGCAGCCAAAACCUGCGGUCCGGGAUUCACGUGAGCUGCGUGUAUGGCUGCUGACCAUGAUCUGGGGGGCAGUGCCUAUCAGUCCUCAACGAAUGCGUGUGCAACUGCCGGUACAACUAGGCGGAGAGCUUGGAAUCAGUGGAGCCUACUAUCAUCCUCAGCACGAUCCGUUCCGAAGCAAGAUCUUGUUGUUUGUCGGUCCUUUUUUCCCCCUCGGGGCAACGUCACACGCGAGAUUGGAAAUUCUUCAGUUCCCUUGA